UUACUUUUGCCUUUUGUUUUCCUACUGCUGCUCUGAGCUAUGCCUAAAGUAGUUUCCCGGUCCGUAGUCUGCUCCGACACCCGGGACCGGGAGGAGUAUGACGACGGCGAGAAGCCCCUUCACGUCUACUACUGUUUAUGCGGCCAGAUGGUCCUGGUGCUGGACUGUCAGUUGGAGAAAUUGCCCAUGAGGCCUCGGGAUCGGUCCCGUGUGAUUGAUGCUGCCAAACACGCCCACAAGUUUUGUAACACAGAAGACGAGGAGACUAUGUAUCUUCGGAGGCCUGAAGGCAUUGAACGACAGUACAGGAAGAAAUGUGCAAAGUGCGGGCUGCCACUCUUCUACCAGUCCCAACCGAAGAAUGCUCCUGUGACCUUCAUUGUGGAUGGAGCAGUAGUCAAGUUUGGUCAGGGUUUUGGGAAGACGAACAUAUAUACUCAGAAACAAGAGCCUCCUAAGAAGGUGAUGAUGACGAAACGGACAAAAGACAUGGGCAAGUUCAGCUCUGUCACUGUGUCUACUAUUGAUGAAGAGGAAGAGGAGAUUGAGGCUAGAGAAGUUGCUGACUCGUAUGCGCAGAAUGCCAAGGUGAUUGAAAAGCAGCUGGAGCGCAAAGGCAUGAGCAAGAGGCGGCUGCAGGAGCUGGCUGAACUGGAAGCCAAGAAAGCGAAAAUGAAGGGAACCUUGAUUGACAACCAGUUCAAAUGAUCAGGACCUUUCUGUGAACCCAGACUGGAGACAGGCGUUGAGAUCAGGAAGAAAAAGAGCGUUUUCUUGACUACAUGGACUGGUUCCUACCUUUAUGCCCCAGCAGAAGGCUUUACGUGGCUUACCAGUGAUUCUCCUACAUUCGGUGAGGUCUUUGAGUCCAUCUGACCUGCUUUCUAGAGAUGGAUUUUUCUCAAUCUUUCUGAGUAUAGGUCUUCUGUACUAUUUUUUGGCCAUUUGACGUAAACUUCUUCAUCUGUGUAGAAGCUCUGUGAAUAGAUCAGUGCUUCAGUGUGUCUAGUUUCUAAAGGAGCUAUUCUUAUUCCUUCUUCAAAGUUAAUAAAAUGUUUAAAGAUUUUUGAAAAAAAUAUGAUGUCAUAGAAAAAAAUAACACGAAUUACAUUUAAUGUUACAGCAAGCCAGAUCCUUUUAAGUGGCUCUGUCUCUGUUCUUAGACUGGCAGGUAUUGGCUAGGGUUUGAAUCUCUCUACUGUCAGAGAAAAUCCAUAACAAGCCAGAAUCUGCAUAAAGUUUCCUUUACCUCAAAUGUUAAAACUCUAGGCACGCCAACCCUUAUGAGAUGUUGUACAUGCAGAAGGAAAAGCCAGAUUCGAGUGAGGGGGUAGGAUAGCUCUGAUCCGAAUGAAAAUGGGGUCUUGGUAAGCAACCCAAGGGAGCUACCAUCCUGUCAAGCAGCUAAGAGCCCUUAGUAACCUCUAUUCUAUUUUCUGUCUCUAUGAAUUUGCCUAUUCUAGGUACCUCGUGUGAGUGGAAUCUACAAUAUUUGUCCUUCUAUGUCUGGCUUAUUUCACUAAACAUAGUGUUUUCAAGGUUCAUCCAUGUUAUAGCAUGUAACAAAAUGCCAUUCCUUUUUUGGCUUAGUAAAUCCCACUGUGUGUAUAUACCAUAUUUUGUUAUUCAUCGGUUGAUUGACACUUGGGUUGUUUCCACCUUGUAGCUAUUGUGAAUCAUGUUGCUGUGAUCAUUGGUGUACAAAUAUUUGUUCAAAUCCCUGCUUUCAGUUCUUUUAGAUGUGCAGUGUAGGUAGUAGCAGAGUUGUUGGAUCAUAUCGUAGCUCUACGUUUAACCUUUGAGAAACUGCCAAACUGUUUUCUACAGUGUCAUCUUGUUUUUAUUUUUAUUUUUAUUUUUUUAAUUUUUUUUUUAAAUAAGAAAAAAGAAACAAUGUUUUAUUUUAAAGAAAAUGAGUGCAACCUAUCUUUAUAUCCUCUUAUCCAUCAGCAUCACCUUUUGAAUGUUUUGAGUGGAGAGGAACCAAAAGUACACCUCAAAUAGAAAUAGAAAAGCACAGUGGACUGAACACUGUCAGAUUUGUGUUAAAUCCCAGCGCUCCUGCUUCAUAGUUGUGUUAACUCUAAGAAAGGCACUUCACCUCUCUGAGCCGCAGUUUCUUCAUCAGAAAAAGACAAUAGGUACAAUAGCACCUUGCAGGGUUUAUAUUAGAGAGCAUAAUGAAUGCAAAGUGCCUAGCACCGUGUCUAGCUUGCUGGCAUGCAAUAAAUAGCAUCAUCAUUCUAAAGAGAGGUUCAUCGAGGCAAAAGCAACUCACCAAGUUUUAUAAUCACUCACUGUCUGAUAAGCAGCCAAAUUUUGUAAAUUCUGGGAUGUAAUGGCAGGGAGGCCUUGUCAAUGGCUUUUCUUUUUUUUUUUUUUAACAUCUUUAUUGGAGUAUAAUUGCUUUACAAUGGUGUGUUAGUUUCUGCUUUAUAACAAAGUGAAUCAGUUAUACAUAUACAUAUGUUCCCAUAUCUCUUCCCUCUUGCAUCUCCCUCCCUCCCACCCUCCCUAUCCCACCCCUCUAGGUGGUCACAAAGCACCGAGCUGAUCUCCCUGUGCUAUGCGGUUGCUUCCCACUAGCUAUCUAUUUUACGUUUGGUAGUGCAUAUAUGUCCAUGCCACUCUCUCACUUUGUCCCAGUUUACCCUUCCCCCUCCCCAUAUCCUCAAGUCCAUUCUCUAGUAGGUCUGUGUCUUUAUUCCUGUCUUGUCACUAGGUUCUUCAUGACUUUUUUUUUUCCUUAGAUUCCAUAUAUAUGUGUUAGCAUACUGUAUUUGUUUUUCUCUUUCUGACUUACUUCACUCUGUAUGACAGACUCUAACUCCAUCCACCUCACUACAAAUAACUCAAUUUCGUUUCUUUUUAUGGCUGAGUAAUAUUCCAUUGUAUAUGUGUGCCACAUCUUCUUUAUCCAUUCAUCCGAUGAUGGACACUUAGGUUGCUUCCAUGUCCUGGCUAUUGUAAAUAGAGCUGCAAUGAACAUUGUGGUACAUGACUCUUUGAAUUAUGGUUUUCUCGGGAUAUAUGCCCAGUAGUGGGAUUGCUGGGUCAUAUGGUAGUUCUCGUUUUAGUUUUUUAAGGAACCUCCAUACUGUUCUCCAUAGUGGCUGUAUCAAUUUACAUUCCCACCAACAGUGCAAGAGUGUUCCCUUUUCUCCACACCCUCUCCAGCAUUUAUUGUUUCUAGAUAUUUUGAUGAUGGCCAUUCUGACCGGUGUGAGAUGAUAUCUCAUUGUACUUUUGAUUUGCAUUUCUCUAAUGAUUAAUGAUGUUGAGCAUUCUUUCAUGUGUUUGUUGGCAAUCUGUAUAUCUUCUUUGGAGAAAUGUCUAUUUAAGUCUUCUGCCCAUUUUUGGAUUGGGUUGUUUGUUUUUUUGUUAUUGAGCUGCAUGAGCUGCUUGUAAAUUUUGGAGAUUAAUCCUUUGUCAGUUGCUUCAUUUGCAAAUAUUUUCUCCCAUUCUGAGGGUUGUCUUUUGGUCUUGUUUGUGGUUUCCUUUGCUGUGCAAAAGCUUUUACGUUUCAUUAGGUCGCAUUUGUUUAUUUUUGUUUUUAUUUCCAUUUCUCUAGGAGCUGGAUCAAAAAGGAUCUUGCUGUGAUUUAUGUCAUAGAGUGUUCUGCCUAUGUUUUCCUCUAAGAGUUUGAUAGUGUCUGGCCUUACAUUUAGGCCUUUAAUCCAUUUUGAGUUUAUUUUUGUGUAUGGUGUAAGGGAGUGUUCUAAUUUCAUACUUUUACAUGUACCUGUCCAGUUUUCCCAGCACCACUUAUUGAAGAGGCUGUCUUUUCUCCACUGUAUAUGCUUGCCUCCUUUAUCAAAGAUAAGGUGACCAUAUGUGUGUGGGUUUAUCUCUGGGCUUUCUAUCCUGUUCCAUUGAUCUAUAUUUCUGUUUUUGUGCCAGUACCAUCUUGUGUUGAUUACUGUAGCUUUGUAGUAUAGUCUGAAGUCAGGGAGCCUGAUUCCUCCAGCUCCAUUUUUCGUUCUCAAGAUUGCUUUGGCUCUUCGGGGUCUUUUGUGUUUCCAUACAAAUUGUGAAAUUUUUUGUUCUAGUUCUGUGAAAAAUGCCAGUGGUAGUUUGAUAGGGAUUGCAUUGAAUCUGUAGAUUGCUUUGGGUAGUAGAGUCAUUUUCACAAUGUUGAUUCUUCCAAUGCAAGAACAUGGUAUAUCUCUCCAUCUAUUUGUAUCAUCUUUAAUUUCUUUCAUCAGUGUCUUAUAAUUUUCUGCAUACAGGUCUUUUGUCUCCUUAGGUAGGUUUAUUCCUAGAUAUUUUAUUCUUUUUGUUGCAAUGGUAAAUGGGAGUGUUUUCUUAAUUUCACUUUCAGAUUUUUCAUCAUUAGUGUAUAGGAAUGCAAGAGAUUUCUGUGCAUUAAUUUUGUAUCCUGCUACUUUACCAAAUUCAUUGAUUAGCUCUAGUAGUUUUCUGGUAGCAUCUUUAGGAUUCUCUAUGUAUAGUAUCAUGUCAUCUGCAAAUAGUGACAGCUUUACUUCUUCUUUUCCAAUUUGAGUUCCUUUUAGUUCUUUUUCUUCUCUGAUUGCUGUGGCUAAAACUUCCAAAACUAUGUUGAAUAAUACUGGUGAGAGUGGGCAGCCUUGUCUCGUUCCUGAUCUUAGUGGAAAUGGUUUCAGUUUUUCACCAUUGAGGACGAUGUUGGCUGUGGGUUUGUCAUAUAUAGCCUUUAUUAUGUUGAGGAAAGUUCCCUCUAUGCCUACUUUCUGCAGGGCUUUUAUCAUAAAUGGGUGUUGAAUUUUGUUGAAAGCUUUCUCUGCAUCUAUUGAGAUGAUCAUAUGGUUUUUCUCCUUCAAUUUGUUAAUAUGGCUUCACCCCCUUUAGCCACAAACUCCUUGCAUAUCAUCUACACCACCUGUGAGAGCCAAUACUCUGCUCUGACCACAGCCUCCUACCAUUGCUGCUCUUUCAUACUCUUACAUCCACUAAACCUGUUUUGUUUUGUUUUUAGAUUUGAAGAAAGAUUAUUAUUAUUUUUUUCAUUGAAGUAUAGUUGAUUUACAAUAUUGUGUUAGUUUCAGGUGUAUGACAAAGUGAUUUGGUUAUACAUACAUAUGUAUAUAUCUAUAUUUUUUCUAUUCUUUUCCAUUAUAAUUUCUUUGUUCUUCUUUCUCUACUUUCUUUAGGUGUAAGGUUAGAUUGUUUACUUGAGAUUUUUCUUGUUUCUUUAGGUAGGCUUGUAUAGCUAUAAACUUCCCUCUUAGAACUGCUCUUGCUGCAUCCCAUAGGUUUUGGAUCUUCGUGUUUUCAUUGUCAUUUGUCUCUAGGUAUUUUUUGAUUUCCUCUUUGAUUUCUUCAGUGAUCUCUUGGUUAUUUACUAACAUAUUGUUUGGUCUCCAUGUAUUUGUGUUUUUUAUGUUCUUUUCCGUGUAACUCAUUUCUAAUCUCAUAGCAUUGUGGUCAGAAAAGAUGCUUGAUAUGAUUUCAAUUUUCUUAAAUUUACUGAGGCUUGACUUGUGACCCAAGAUGUGAUCUAUCCUGGAGAAUGUUCCGUGUGCACUUGAGAAGAACGUGUAAUCUGCUGUUUUUGGAUGGAAUGUCCUAUAUAUAUCAAUUAAAUCUAUCUGGUCUAUUGUGUCAUUUAAAGCUUCUGUUUCCUUAUUUAUUUUCAUUUUGGAUGAUCUGUCCAUUGGUGUAAGUGAGGUGUUAAAGUCCCCCACUAUUAUUGUGUUACUGUCGAUUUCCUCUUUUAGAGCUGUUAGCAGUUGCCUUAUGUAUUGAGGUGCUCCUAUGUUGGGUGCAUAUAUAUUUAUAAUUGUUAUAUCUUCUUCUUGGAUUGAUCCCUUGAUCAUUAUGUAGUGUCCUUCCUUGUCUCUUGUAACAUUCUUUAUUUUAAAGUCUAUUUUAUCUGAUAUGAGUAUAGCUACUCCAGCUUUCUUUUGAUUUCCAUUUGCAUGGAAUAUCUUUUUCCAUCCCCUCACUCUCAGUCUGUAUGUGUCCCUAGGUCUAAAGUGGGUCUCUUGUAGACAGCAUAUAUAUGGGUCUUGUUUUUGUAUCCAUUCAGCCAGUCUAUGUCUUUUGAUUGGGGCAUUUAAUCCAUUCACGUUUAAGGUAAUUAUCGAUAUGUAUGUUCCUAUGACCAUUUUCUUAAUUGUUUUGGGUUUGUUUUUGUAGGUCCUUUUCUUCUCUUGUGUUUCCCACUUAGAGAAGUUCCUUUAGCGUUUGUUGUAGAGCUGGUUUGGUGGUGCUGAAUUCUCUUAGCUUUUGCUUGUCUGUAAAGCUUUUGAUUUCUCCAUCAAAUCUGAAUGAGGUCCUUGCCGGGUAGAGUAAUCUUGGUUGUAGGUUCUUCCCUUUCAUCACUUUAAGUAUAUCAUGCCACUCCCUUCUGGCUUGUAGAGUUUCUGCUGAGAAAUCAGCUGUUAACCUUAUGGGAGCUCCCUUGUAUGUUAUUUGUCGUUUUUCCCUUGCUGCUUUCAAUAAUUUUUCUUUGUCUUUAAUUUUUGCCACUUUGAUUACUAUGUGUCUCGGCAUGUUUCUCCUUGGGUUUAUCCUGUAUGGCACUCUCUGCCCUUCCUGGACUUGGGUGGCUAUUUCCUUUCCCAUGUUAGGGAAGUUUUCGACUAUAAUCUCUUCAAAUAUUUUCUCUGGUCCUUUCUCUCUCUCUUCUCCUUCUGGGACCCCUAUAAUGCGAAUGUUGUUGCGUUUAAUGUUGUCCCAGAGGUCUCUUAGGCUGUCUUCAUUUCUUUUCAUUCU